CUCUCGCCUCUGCGCCUCCCUCGCCAAAACGUUCUCUGCUCUCGCCACCGCCCAACGCUCGCGGCCCGCCACCACACGGCGCCUCUUCCUCGCCAGUCACCGCCGCCCACCGUCUUCUGCCUCAGGCCUCUCCACUGUCGCAAGCUGCUCAGUAGCAAUGGAAGCUAAAUUCUUUCGCUUUCUCAAGAUUGUUGGAGUUGGUUUCAAAGCACGAGCAGAAUCUGAGGGCCGUUUGUUGUACCUCAAACUGGGUUACAGUCAUGAGGUUGAGCUGACCGUUCCUCCUGCAGUUCGCGUAUUCUGCUUCAAACCCAACGUGAUCUGCUGCACUGGGAUCGACAAGCAUCGAACGCAUCAGUUUGCUGCAUCAAUCAGAAGCUGUAAGCCCCCUGAAGUGUACAAAGGGAAAGGAAUAAUGUACAUUGAUGAAGUGAUCAAGAAGAAGCAGGGGAAGAAAUCGAAAUGAGCUCCCAGGUUCCAUUUUCUUUGCACCUUUCCUGUUAAAUUUCUCUGGAGGGAUCAAAAACCUACAUUCCAUUUGAUAAGAUUAUAGCACUCUAUUUCCCUUCAAGAUUUUGUCAUGCAAUAUCUUUGCUUUGGAAGGAAGUAUUACAGUAGCCAUGUUCUUGAAUUUGGUGUUCUCCCUCUGCAUUCUAUGACUAUCUGAUAUAAAGAUAUGCUCAUUGAAACACCUUAGAAUUCGUAUUUAUUUCUUAAACUAAUUGAUUGAUUGCACAUUAUAUUGACAAGGAAAGCCAACAUUUUGGUUGUGGUCUUGUGGAGA